ACCUCAUUGCGAUUACUGUAGUUUCAAGGCUCACAGUGGUACCUACAUACAUGCAGGCAAGCCUGAGCCAUCGCAAUCUGCAGGCGACAACUGACAAGACCCUUUGUUUCUGCCAGCCCGAGGUCUGAUCAGCAACAAAGUCCCACAGCAUCCCCGUUCGACACAACAACAGUAGAGCACCAGUGCCUACGUCCCAGGGUUAGGUACAUUAACUUGUCCUUAUUAUUGGCGCUGCCGUUUCGACUGAAGUCAUCGACAACCGAGUGUGCCAACCCCCUCGUCGUCCCCAGGCCCGUUCGUCUGGUCCAUUUCACAAAACCACACUAUUACCACUUGGCCAUAAUCAUCCUCCGCGUUCUGACGGUCAAAAUUCAACUCCAUUUCCACGAGCUACGAUAAAGCGUCCAAUAAAGAACCGUACUGAGCCCUAAGAUUUAAGCGGGGGAGGAUUCUAUCAAUUCAAGAAGGCGUAGCUGAGCACGCUGCUCCAAACGCAGCACCAUGGCCAACAGGAAUUACGAUGUACUCAUCAAGCUGCUGCUCAUAGGCGACUCGGGCGUGGGUAAAUCCUGCUGCCUCCUGCGGUUCAGCGAAGACUCUUUCACGCCGUCAUUCAUCACCACGAUCGGCAUCGACUUCAAGAUCCGCACAAUCGAACUCGACGGUAAACGGGUCAAGCUGCAGAUAUGGGACACCGCCGGUCAGGAACGCUUCCGCACCAUCACGACCGCAUACUAUCGCGGAGCCAUGGGCAUCCUGCUAGUCUACGACGUCACCGACGAGAGGUCCUUUAAUAACAUUCGCACGUGGUUCGCAAACGUCGAGCAGCACGCCAGCGAGGGUGUGAACAAGAUCCUAAUCGGAAACAAGUGCGAUUGGGAGGAGAAGCGGGCCGUGUCUACAGAGCAAGGCCAAGCGUUGGCCGACGAGCUCGGCAUUCCAUUCCUUGAGGUUUCGGCUAAGGGCAACAUCAACAUCGACAAGGCGUUCUACAGCUUAGCAUCCGACAUCAAGAAGCGUACCAUUGAUACGCAAAAAGACUUCCAAAACCCCGGCUCCGUCAACGUCAACGCCGGCGCGCAAGGCAACUCCGCAGGCGGCAUGGGCGGAAAGUGCUGCUAGAGGAAGAUGGAGAAUCCAGAAGUGCAGCAGUACAUCUGCGAUGAUCAUUGAUGACUUUUUUGUUUGCUCAUGAGGAAAUGCUUGGGAAGGAUUUUUGAUUCCGAAAUUGACUCAGCUUCGUCCAAGCAUUUUCAGCCAGUUACUGAAACGGCCCAUAUGCCCAUUGGUGAGGUUCCUUGUGAGGAAUAUCCUCUGAGAUAUUCGGUCGAUGCUUUAGCGAAAGCAGACAUGAGCGCGGGAGCGAGGCUCUGCUGGCCACGCCAGCUAGAGCUAUACACGAAUGGCGCGGGGGAGGCAGAGCUGUCGCAUUUUUCUUUCUACAGCAUAUAUGCAGUGUCGACUCUUUUUAUUUCCUCUUGCCGGUUCCACGAGCGCCUUUACUCACUGGCGUCAUAUGAUAUUACGCAAUCUGGCUGGAUGCGAGUCGUUGUGUAUGGGGCGAGUCCUCUUGCAUGCAUGGUUUGUCUUUUUUUUGCCAUGAGCGCGAGCGAGGAGAAGCUAGGUCGAGGUGACUGGUAAGAAUGUUGCAAAUAUUUGGCCACGGAGUUUGGGUUGACUUGAUAGUUCUUUGCUAGUAUUACAUUGCCUUUGAUUGAGUACCAUAGACAUCUUCUCUUGUCUCUUCUAAAUUGUGGCUACAUUUAAUAAUCUCCAAGAAAGAUAACUUCUUUUGCUACAAGGCAUGAGCUCCCGCUGCGAUAUGACAAGCUUACAGUCGUC